CUCCGCGACACCCCCUAUCCUCCCUGUCCACAAACAGUGCGCUGCUCUACUAUCGGUGGGCGGAGCCCGGAGGGAGUUGCCUGCAGCCGCUUUUAAUACAGAUGCGCUCCUCCGGGCGCCUUGCGUCGAGCGGCAGCGAGGGAGACAGAGAGGACGGCACCAUGACUGCACCCAGAAACACCUACGAUGUUAUAGUGGUCGGCGGAGGCAUAUCAGGCUUGUGUGCAGCAAAGCUGCUCAAGGCCAGUGGACUGAGCCCUGUAGUGCUGGAGGCCAGGGAUCGGGUCGGUGGUCGCACCUUCACUGUGCAGAACAAGGAGACAAAGUGGGUUGAUCUGGGCGGGGCUUACAUUGGACCAACCCAGAACCGCAUCUUCCGACUGGCCAGAGAGUACGGUGUGGAGACCUACAAAGUCAACGAGCGGGAGAACCUGGUGCAUUAUGUCAGCGUGAGUGUCCCAGUAUCUGUUUAG